AUGGCAACACCUGAAGAGGAGCAGAUUCAGCUCUCCAGAAUUGGCAAUGUCUGUAUUAUUACCUUUACUGGCAAGCCUCACAAGGCCAAUGUGUUCACCAUGGCGCUGCUGAAGCGCUUGGAUGCUCUGUUGGACCAAGUCGAAGACCAACACAUGCCGUGUUCGCUCGUCUUCACCGGCAGUGGGAGAUUCUUUUCGGCUGGAUUUGAUCUUCAAGCAUUGACAGGAACGCCUCACAAUAGCAAACAGAAAAGUAGUAGUAGCAAUGGGGCGGCAACUAGUUCACAAGACUUGGUCAACUUUGCUUGGUUGGUACUUGCGCGCAUCCUAAUCUUUCCAGCUCCCACAUUUGCUUUAUUCAAUGGCCAUGCGUUUGGAUUGGGACUGUUUCUUGGGUUGGCUUGUGACCAUCGCUGGAUGGUCAAUGACAAGAAGAAGGCUUUUCUGUGUCUCCCCGAAAUCAACAUUGGUCUGCCGUUGGGAUUUGGAUUUGCAGCCUUGGCCAGGUGCAAAUUGAAUAAGAGCGCUCUGAAGAUUGCUGCUCUGACGGGAAAGCAGAUCGCGGCCCAAGAGGCAUUGGAAUUGGGUAUGAUUGAUGCAAUAUUACCCCCAUCAAAUGGACAAGGUGGAUCACUACCGCAAGAGAUACUGGAACGGGCAGAAAAAUUGGUAUCGACAUCCGAGAAAGGAAAUCUGAAGGCCAUCAAGAUGGAAAUUUAUGGUGAAACCUACUCGGAUCUUCUCGCACCAACACAAAAGAGAUCCAAGUUGUAG